AUGAAUUCUGUAACGGACAAAGAGAAAAGCAGUACCAAAGUGGAAGAAGAGGUGGUGGUUGGAGGAGAAGAAUAUGACGCAAAAGUUAAGCUUUGUGAAGAUGAACUAUCAGAGUUUCUAAAAUUCCAUACUCAAGAUAACAAUGAUUUGAACACUUGUGAAAACAAUGUCUUUGCAUCUAACUCAGUUCUAAAGAGGAAGAAAACCCCCGAAGACGACCUUCCUCUUAAUAUGUUGAUGGAUAUUUUCCUCCGAGAUGAACCAAAGUUCCAAAUGUUUCUUCCGAAACGGUUUGUCAACAUGUUACAGAAUGAGGAUCUACGCAGCAUAGAACCUGGCUCUCUCUAUUUGGUGUCUCAUGGAGUCACAUGGCAAGAAGCAAGUGACAACUGCCAAGCUAAGGGACACAAACUAGCUGUUGUAUUCAAUCAAGAACAGCAGAAAAAGUUUGAAGAAGCCGUUAAUAGAUAUGCAAUAAGUUUGGGCUCUCGCAUCGUGGAACUGUGGAUUGGUUUAAAAUCUGAAGACAAAAAGUUUAAGUGGAUGGAUGGAACUGAGCUGGAGCUGCCUGAUUGGUUGCCUGGAGAGCCUAACCUUGUGGGAAGAAGGGACUUCUCUGAGGUCUGUGUGGAAGCCGUACCAGAAGAGAGCAACCGACCUCUUUGGCCCGGCGGCAAACCGUAUCAGUGGAACGACGGCUGGAACUGCUUUGAGACGAAGCGGUAUUUCUGCGAAGAAGAAAUCCCCAAUCGUUAUUAA